ACAACCAAUAAAGUAAACAAAAGUAUACUUAUUCCAAAACCCUUCUAAGACGACAAGAUUUGGAAUACUACUAUUUUUUUUUCUUUAACCAACUCUUAACAAUUCAUUGUAAGCAAACAAAUAAGAAACCAACAACUCUUGCUUCAAAGAAACUCUCUUAUUCUCUAUUAUUCAACCACCACAUUCCCUAAACACCAACUUUGAUCCAAUAAUCCGAGUUUAAUUAACAUUCAAAUCACAACACAGAUAAUUAAUUUACAUGGUUCACUACCAAUGCAUCAGUCACGUGCUCACGUGGCCUAAGUUCAUAGCCCGUAUGUAGAUUCAGGGCGAUCCUACAUUCACAAUAGCACAAUUCUAUCUCUCUCAACUGAUCAAUGCUCUGUUUUUAUUCACCCUUUUAAAAGAAAAAACAGAGGAAACCCAAUUAUAUUGCUUCAUACCCAUAUGGAAAAAAUACACAUUUUGACAUAUUCAUUAUUACUAUGUACCAUAUUAUCUCUUGCUCUUCUUGCAUUUGUUUUCUGCAUCCUUGCCGAGUUCAAGAAGUCAAAGGUUGAGGAUGUGAAAAUAGAUGGGAAAUUGUGUGAAUUACCAGAAAACAAAGCUUUUUGGUUUGGAACAGCAGCUUUGAUAUGUUUUACAAAUGCUCAAAUCAUAGGAAACUUCAUCAUUUUUGUAAGAUAUUGGUCAGAUUCAAAGGAAAAAAGAUCAUGCUGUUUUUUUACAAGGCUGAAUGUUGCUACCAUACUCGUACUUAUUUCCUGGAUCACCUUUGGAAUUUCAAUAAUAUUAAUUAGCACAGCAACAAGCAUGAAUAGAAGGCAGCCUUAUGGAAAAGGAUGGCUAAAUGGGGAAUGUUAUAUUGUAAAAGAUGGAGUUUUUGUUGGUGCAUCUAUUUUGGUUCUUAUUACCUUGGGAUGCACUUUAGCAUCUGCAAUUGCAACAUUAAGGAAACAAUAUCAAGUCUUAUCUAUUGAAAAGACUUAAAGGUGCAUUCCCAAGCAAAAUUUAGAUAAUUUUAAAAAUUAAUUCAACUAAGUGCAAAACAUAUUUCUAAAAUAUAUAAUUUGUAUAAUAGGUUUUGCUAUUAGCAUUCAUUUAGCUAUACUGUGUUUUUUUUUUCUCCUAUUAUUGGAAGUGUAUAUAUUUGAGGAGAAGUUUCUUAGCCUAUACUUUAUUUCUCACUUCUUUUAUCUUUUGAGUUUCAGUUUCAAAGAAAGUUGGUUACUUAUGACACAUUUUUCCCGAUUAGAUUAGUUUAUAUACAAUUGUACAUGUUUGAUUUUCAAUAAUUUUGUGUGUUAAUGUGUUAUGACUUUUGAAUGUGGUUGAUUUUAAUUUUUAUUUGUUACCUAAGUUUACUAUAUAGGGUGGAGUUAUUGUUAAACUACUAAGCAAUAAAACAGAAAUUACUUAUCUCUUGAUGCGUGAACCAAAGUGACAAUAGCCGCGUCGUGGAGAACCACUGACCUAAAAGACGAUUCCGCGCUACCUCCCGGUGCAGUAGACUAGAAGCGGUCGCCCUCCAGGAUAAGCACGGCGCCGGAGUUUAUGUGCACUCACAAACCCGACUGAAACUCA